AUCAAGAAUGUGUUCAGGAUGUCCUGUAGAGUCUUAGGACGUCCUAAGCCCAUCCAAGAUGAUCUGAGGAACGUUUCGUGCUCUUUGGGAACAUUGGAUCAGCAUCUUCAAAUAUUAUUAAAUAUAAUUUCAUGUAUAUAUUUCCAACUGAGACCGGGUAGAAAUUUCCCAUAAGAAUCUUCCUGUUCCUUACAGCCGAGUUUUCGUUUCCACCCCCCACCCCCACCAGGUUGGAACAACAACGGAAGGUUCAGUCAAAUGAACCGACUUCCUUCUCCCCGUUGUAACUAUUUACAUCAUUACUAUAAUCAAUUAAAAAUAAUUUUUUCCGCGUUCAAGCCGCGCCCUCCGGAAGGAAGAAAGCAGUCGUGAAUACGUAGCCCUACGCGCACUCGCGCGGCAAUUCACCUGCCUCUACAUGCUCGCGCACCUGCGGACGUUGCCGCGGCGACGAGCGCGGUAUCAAAAUGGCAGCGAUCGAGAUCUUCUCCAGCACGGUCGUCUACAAGUACAAGAGCAGAAUAUACUCCUUCGCCUCGAUCGUCGUUCUCCUGUUCAUCGUACUGUCGUUGAUCACGCCGCUAUUCAUCGUCUACCAUGCGGGAGGUGUCUGGAUGCGAAAUCGGAUGCACGCGGAAACGCCGGAUGUGCACUUCGAAUACAAGUACUUGCUGCUCGCGGAGGUGGACCCCUACGAGGCGCCCAUCGUGUGCACCACGUUUACAACGUACAAGGAAAAUGAGAUCAUAGAUCAGUGUAUAAUGACCAAAGUGCGAGAGAAUGACCUGAACAACGACGGGCGGAAAGACUCGUUGAAGUUCGAAGCGCACUUCUACACGGACAAGCCGGUGAAGUCCGUCAAGCUCCUACUGUUCUUCAAUUUUCAAUUAAAGCACCUCAUAGAAGCGACGAUAGAAUCGAUCGGUGUGUUCGACCAUGCGUUGAAUCGAGAGGCUCAAGAGAUACGGUUCUUCGGCGACCUGGAGCUGAGGCAGAAAGGGCUGCUGCGCAGCGGGGGCCUCUACGAGACUUACAACCAUAGCAUAGAAUUGUCCGACUACACUUUGGACGAGCUGCUGCUGUACAAUUUCAACCGGAAGUUUUCAGCCAGAAUCACGAACGAACGUGUAACGUGGCGCAACGGCUUCUUCAGCGAUCAAACGGUGGCUGUCAUCGGUGAGCUCUUCUACGUGGAGAACUUCAUUCAUUAUCAGCCGAGUGUCUGGGAGGAACUCAAGUGGGCAUGGGUACAAUAUCUAUCGUGUCUGCUGGUGUUCGCAUACGUAUCUAAGCACAUCCUGGUGUUCCUCUUCACGAACAGAUAUCUGAACACGUACAUUGUAAAACCGUGGGCGAAUAAAUAGCCGAGUAGCGUGAGUAGCACGUCACCGGCAGCAUGACUACGAGGUCGAAGGAGAAGGUCGUGGCG